CAAGAGCCGCCCGCUUAGGAGCUGGAAGCAGACCAGCGCUCAGCCAAAACUGGUCCCGUCAUCCGCAUUGUGUGCACUUCGCAGUGAAAUGUUGUGAUGUUUGAAAGUGAGAAGUAGAAAAAGGUUGAUUCUGAAACAUGUUCAGCUUCGCCAACAAAAUGCUGAACGCCCUCGUGGGCAACGAGGAGCCCACGUCAGGCACAGCGACUGGCACCAGUGUGCCAGGAGUGGCCCGCCCUCAAGGCCCAGGCCUCCCAAGGAUGGGGGCGCCUGGCGGACCUCGUGCACCAAUGCCUGGUAUGACAGGACCUCGGCCUCCGGGAACUAACACGGGCCUCGGGAUGAAUAUGCAUAGUGUUCCGGGAGCCUCAGGUGGUUCGGUCGGGCCAGGUGGCCCCAUGGCCCCAGGCGGCGCGAUGGGGCCCGGGACGGCGAUCGGGCCCGGCGGCCCAGGCGGACCAGGCGGGCCAGGCGGACCAGGCGGGCCAAUCGGACCAGGCGGGCCAGGCGGGCCGGCAGGGCCCGUGGGUCCGAUGGGUCCGGGCGGAGCGGGGAUGCCCGGGGGGCCGCCCGGACCCAACGUCGCCGGAGGACCCAUGGGGCUGAACGGCCCCGGGGGC